AUGGGCCUUUGUGGUCCAGUCGGUAGCAACAACAGAAACAACGACGGCCAUGCCAACAAUAGAAGCAGCAGAGACGACAGCGACAGCAACAACAAGAACGACAACAACAGUGGCAGCAGCAACGACAACGACGACACCAAUGACAGCAGCAACAAUGACGACGGCAGCAGCAAGAACGACGACAACAAUGACAGCAGCAAUAAUGACGAUGACAGCAGAAACAGUGACUGCAGCAACAAGAAUGACGACAAUGACAGCAGCAACAGUGACGCCAUCACCAACAAGAAUGACGACAACAAUGACAGCAGCAAUAACGAUGACGACAGCACCAACAAUGACGACAGCAACAAGAACGAGGACAACAAAGGCAGCAGCAACAAGAACGACGGCAACAAUGACAGCAGUAGCAACAACUACGGCAGAAGCAACAACGACUACAACAAUGACAGCAGCAACAAUGACGACGAUAGCAGUAACAAUGAGCAUAACAAUGACGACAGCAACAAGAACGACGACAACAAUGACAGCAGCAACAAUGACGAGGACAAGCAGCAACAAAAAACGAGGACAAGCAGUAGCAACGACAGCAGCAGCAAGAACGACGACAACAAUGAUAUCAGCCACAAUGACGACAGCAGUAACAAAAACGAGGACAACAAUGACAGCUGCUACAAUGACGAUGACAGCAGGAACGAUAACUGCAAUGACAAUAAGGACCACAACAAUGACAGCAGCAGCAAGAACGACCAUGACAACAAUAACGACAACGAUAACGGCAACGAGAAGAACAAAAACGAUUACUACGACAACGAAAGCGGACAACAAUGA